AUGUCAGAUCCUGCGGGGUACACUGUGGGCUGGAUUUGCGCCGUACCCGUGGAGUACAUUGCCGCACAAGAGUUUCUCGAUGAAGAGCACGACAAACCGAGCUUUGUGUCGCCAAACGAUGCCAACGACUAUACGUUAGGUAGGAUGGGCGAACACAACGUUGUCAUCGCCGUCUUGCCCGAUGGUGAAUAUGGAACAGCUUCCGCGGCUAGUGUAGCGACAAACAUGCUCAACAGUUUUCACAACAUCAGGAUCGGCCUCAUGGUCGGGAUUGGCGGGGGUGUACCAAGCGAGAACCAUGAUAUUCGUUUGGGCGAUGUUGUGGUCAGUGCGCCUGGCGGUGGCGAGAGUGGUGUGUUUCAAUACGAUUUUGGCAAGUCGAUCCAGGACCAAAGCUUUCAGCACACACGGUUCUUGAAUCAGCCACCGGCUAUUUUGCGCGCUGCAAUGGCGGGUAUCCGAACACAAUAUGAGAGAAACGGGCAUCAGCUCGAGAAGGCUAUCAACGGCAUUCUUGGAAAGAACAUCAGACUACGUCGGAAUUACAAACGGCCAGAACCAAUCACGGAUAGGCUGUUUCUUGCCGAAGUUAUCCAUCGCCAAGCAGGUUGCGCUGUAUGUGCGGUUGAUCCUUCGACGUUGGUAACACGAAAUGAGCGGGCCGAAGACGAAGAUAACCCUGCCAUUCACUAUGGCCUGAUUGCUUCUGGUAAUCAGCUGAUGAAGGAUGCUUUGAUUCGAGAUCGGCUUGCCGCGGAGAAAGACGUUCUCUGUUUCGAAAUGGAAGCUGCGGGGCUGAUGAAUACUUUUCCAUGCCUAGUUAUCCGGGGUAUCUGUGACUACUCGGACUCGCACAAGAACAAAGCGUGGCAAGGGCAUGCAGCUAUGGUGGCAGCUGCAUAUACGAAGGAUCUCCUACAGAGAAUUCCUCUUAACAGAAUUGAAGCCGAGGAGAGGAUAGGUGCUGUUGUGUCUGAGGAGCUGAAAGGCAUCCAACAUCGCUUAGAUCAAGCAUACAGUCAAAACGAACGGCACUUUAGUGAACAGAAAGCAAGAGUCUUAACGGAUCAACAGCGCCUUUGUUACCAAGUGUUCAAAGUCGUUAACUACGCGGAGCAAAAGAACAUAAACCCUAAACGAGCUGAGGGAACCUGUCGAUGGGCUUUCCAAAGCCCUGAAUGCAUCCGUUGGAGGGAGAGCAAUUGCAACGACCUUCUCUGGGUGUCGGCUGACCCAGGCUGUGGCAAGUCGGUCUUAGCCAGAUCAAUAAUCGAUGAUUACUCAGAGUCCUCUCAUCCAACUGUGAGAAUAUGUUACUUUUUCUUCAAAGACAAUGAUGACCAGAACAAUCUUGCUACGGCACUAUGUUCGGUACUUCAUCAGCUCUUCAGCCAGCAGUCUGAUCUCUUGACACAUGCCAUUCCGACCUGGGAAAAGAAUGGGGGUGCGCUCCGACAAGAAGUUGACGAGCUUUGGCGGAUCUUGAUGGCGGCAACAUCAGCUGACAUAUCACGCAAGACGAUUUGCAUAUUCGAUGCACUUGAUGAAUGUCGUGAAACCGAUCAGCGCCGGCUAAUCGAAAAGCUUCAAGCGUUUCAUCGCCAGCCAUCUUCAUCAACAGAGGAAACCUGUUUGAAAUUCCUGGUGACCAGUCGUCCCUACGAUCAUAUACAGGAUCACUUUCGAGCAAUCACCGAUUCUUUCCCACAUAUACACAUCAAGGGGGAAGAGCAGAAUGACCAAAUCCAUGAAGAGAUUGACCUGGUGGUGAGGACUCGGGUGAGAGAACUAGCUGAAUCAGUGCCACUGUCACCAGAACUUCACCAUCAAGUCGAAAAAAAGCUGCUUGAAAUGGAACACCGUACAUAUCUUUGGCUGCACCUAGCCAUUGAUGACAUCCGUACUACCUUGAAACACAGCCUUCGGCCUGGAGAGAACUCGAUCACACUGGUACCGUCUUCUGUGAAUGCAGCAUAUGAAAAGAUCCUUUGCCGAGUCCCAGUCAAUGAAAUGGAUGUAGUUAAAAAGGUCUUGGAAAUCAUUGUGGCAGCACGACGUCCUCUGAAAAUACAAGAGAUGGCCAUUGCGCUGGGUAUUGCCACUAUCUCAGACUCGCAAACCAUAAGACAAGCUGAGCUAGAUCCAGUCCAAUUAGAAGGAAAGCUCCGGCGACUUUGCGGCUUGUUUGUCUUCACAAACAAUUCGAAGAUCUAUCUCAUCCAUCAAACAGCGAGAGAAUUUCUCAUUGAGAAGAAAAAUUCUAGCUAUCCCAAUUCUGCAUACUGGAACAGCCUGACUCAUGCGGAAGAUCAGAUGGCUGAGAUCUGUUUGAGAUUCUUGUUGAUGGAGGAUUUGGAAUACGAUGAAGACGACUCGCGCUCACAUACUCGAAGUUUCUUGGAAUAUUCAGCAGCACAUUGGCCUGAUCACGUACGAAAGAUGGGUUUGACUUCAACCCAAAAAAAUACCUGCCGAGUGCAUCGAUUAUACGACAUAAUCGGGAAACCGUAUUCAAUGUGGUUUCCCAUUUUUUGGAAGGCAGUCAGACCAUACGAAAAAACUCCUAUAAUGAGUGCACUGCAUCUGGCAGCCUUCAAUGGCCAUGAACAGGAGGUACGUUUUAUACUUAGCGUGGAUGAAAGUGAUAUCAAUACACCUGAUCAAAGAAGAACAUACCCAGUCACGUGGGCUUCAUUGAAUGGACAUGGUAUGAUCGUCAAACUUCUGCUAGAGCGAGGAGCCGAUGUCAACGCCCAGAGUGGACUUGAUGGAAAUGCCCUUCAGGCUGCUUGUUAUCAAGGACACGAUAAGAUCGUGCAGAUGCUACUAGAAAGAGCAGCCGAUGUCAACGCCCAGGGUGGACGUUACGGAAAUGCCCUUCAGGCUGCUUGUUAUCGAGGACACGAUAAGAUUGUGCAGAUGCUACUAGAAAGAGCAGCCAAUGUCAACGCCCAGGGUGGACACUUCGGAAAUGCCUUCCAGGCUGCUUGUUCUGGAGGACACGACAAGAUCGCACAGAUGCUGCUAGGACGAGGAGCCGAUGUCAAUGCCCAGGGUGGAGACUACGGAAAUGCCCUUCAGGCUGCUUGUUACGGAGGACAGGACAAAAUCGUACAGAUGAUACUUGAGCGAGGAGCCGAUGUCAACGCCCAGGGUGGAUUAUACGGAAAUGCCUUCCAGGCUGCUUGUUCUGGAGGACACAACAAGAUCGCACAAAUGCUGCUAGAGCGAGGGGCCGAUGUCAACGCCCAGGAUGGAUUAUACGGAAAUGGCUUCCAGGCUGCUUGUUCUGGAGGACACGACAAGAUCGCACAGAUGCUGCUAGAGCGAGGAGCCGAUGUCAACGCCCAGGAUGGACGUUACGGAAAUGCCCUCCAGGCUGCUUGUUCUGGAGGACACAACAAGAUCGCACAGAUGCUGCUAGAGCGAGGAGCCGAUGUCAACGCCCAGGGUGGAGACUAUGGAAAUGCCCUUCAGGCUGCUUGUUACGGAGGACAGGACAAAAUCGUACAGAUGAUACUUGAGCGAGGAGCCGAUGUCAAUGCCCAGGGUGGAUUAUACGGAAAUGCCUUCCAGGCUGCUUGUUCUGGAGGACACGAUAAGAUCGUGCAGAUGCUACUAGAAAGAGCAGCCGGUGCCAAUUCCCAGGGUGGAGAGUACGGAAAUUCCCUCCAGGCUGCUUGUUACGGAGGACACGACAAGGUCGCACAGAUGCUGUUGGAGCGAGGAGCCGAUGUCAAUGCCCAGGGUGGAGACUAUGGAAAUGCCCUUCAGGCUGCUUGUUACGGAGGACAGGACAAAAUCGUACAGAUGAUACUUGAGCGAGGGGCCGAUGUCAAUGCCCAGGAUGGAAGUCACGAAAAUGCCCUCCAGGCUGCUUGUUCUGGAGGACACAACAAGAUCACACAGAUGCUGCUAGAGCGAGGGGCCGAUGUCAACGCCCAGAGUGGACCUGAUGGAAAUGCGCUUCAGGCUGCUUGUUACGGAGGACACGAGAAGAUCACGCAGACGCUGCUAGAGCGAGGAGCCGAUGUCAACGCCCAGGGUGGACCUGAUGGAAAUGCGCUUCAGGCUGCUUGUUACGGAGGACACGAGAAGAUCACGCAGACGCUGCUAGAGCGAGGAGCCGAUGUCAACGCCCAGGGUGGAUUAUACGGAAAUGCCUUCCAGGCUGCGUGUUCUAGAGGAAACGACAAGAUCGCACAGAUGCUGCUCGAGCGAGGAGCCGAUGUCAACGCCCAGGGUGGACGUUACGGAAAUGCCCUUCAGGCUGCUUGUUAUCGAGGACACGACAUGAUCGUACAGAUGCUGCUAGGACGAGGAGCCGAUGUCAAUGCCCAGGGUGGAGACUACGGAAAUGCCCUUCAAGCUGCUUGUUAUGGGGGACAUGACAAGGUCGCACUGAUGCUGAUAGAGCAAGGGGCCGAUGUCAAUGCCCAGGGUGGAAGUCACGGAAAUGCCCUCCAAGCAGCUCUCGCAGAUCCCUCGGAUAUCCAGACAGGGAAAGCGGUUCAUCAGGCCCACCGCUUCUAUCUCAAAGCAGAUGCAAUCCUUGCCAAGGUCAGCAACAAUCCGAUCGCGCGUAGCCGUAUCUUUGACGAUGUGUUGCCGGAUGCAAUGGUCUCGUUGUGGAUAUCGGAGGAUCGCGUUGAACUUCAUCAGCCGUGUCCCAGCCCUGACAGUCCGGGCCGGGGACGUGGUCGCAUGAAGCAUCGAAAAGGCGGUCGUUAA